AUGAAGGAAUUACCACCAGUGUUCGGUAACUUUCUAGCCAAAUAUAUUCAAUACUGGGACGGGAAGCUUUACCAAGAACAUAUAUUUAAGUUACUUGAGUAUGCUCAGCCAGAGUCGUUUGAUGACUUUUGCAAUAACUUUCUUAAACCUCUGCAAAAGUUAUUCUGUGUUUCAUCUAUCAUUUGGAAGGCAAGACUGCUACGAUCCUAUACUGCACUGCUUAAAUAUUGGGUAUUGCACCAUUGGCGAUUACAAAAUGGACAGGGAAGAUCAGUAGAUAAUCAGAAAAACAUGAAACACAACGAGUAUGUCAACGAGAACCUGUUUAGCGAGAUUAUCGAAGUUAUAAAAGAAAUGUGUGGCGAAGAAGUUGCAUCUUGCUUCUCACUCACGCAUCUACCUGCGUUAGCGGCAUAUUCGAAACAAUGCUUUAAGGAAUUGGAGGAAUCGUCUCCAAAUAUAACGAGAAGGCUUAACCGUCCAGUUACAUAUGCUGCUCUCAAAGAGAAUGAGAACGUAAAUUUUUAA